UCACUUCCAAGUCUUCGACUGCGCUAAGCAAUUCCUUCCAUCUCAGCAAUGGCGACUCCGUAAACUCUUCUCAAAAGCUUCAGUCUUUAGGGGAUUUUGAUUUGUAUGAAAGUUAGUGAGAAAUAAUGGAUAUGGGAGGAAGCUCAGGUUCAUAUGGAUAUGGAGAUUUUCUUGAGUCUUGGGUGUCAGACAACUCCUCGAGAAACCAGCUGGAGCCUUUAAGUUAUUCAUUUGGAAGCUUAUUAUCAUCAACUUCUACAGACAUGUCGCAGGUGAAUAAUGCGCAGUUGGAUUAUAAUGAAGUGAUGAACACAACAGUUGUGAAUAGAUCAUUGGAUUCAUUGGUGGUUCCGAGUUUUGGUGCAAAUUAUGGUGUCAAUGAUGCCAACUUGCUGCUGCCAACCACUGCAUUCUUUCACAUUCCCGGCAUUCAUUAUAGUGACCCCGUGUUUCUCUCGACAGCAAUGUCGUUUGCACCGAAUAACAAUGGUUUUGUUGGUAAUAGUUAUUAUCCCGUUGGUUUAGUUAAUUCUGGAAUGGGGGAUAGUUAUCCCGCGGGGCUGAACAAGCUUUCGUGCCAUUCCAGUAAGAGGGAACAAUCAGGAUCAAUGGUGAGCUCUGGUGGAGCAGAAUCUGCAGGGUUUGAUGUUUACCAAACGGGGAUUGGAAUUGAGACCGAGGCUCAGUUAUCGAAAAAGCCCAGACUGGAUCAGGAUGCUACCAAGGAUGUGUUGCUGCACCCCGAGAUAAUAUUCGAGAAGAGCCUCGUGCAAUUGCAGGAAAAGAAUUCGGUCCUGCAGGCACUGCUGGAGCAGCAGAGACAGCAGAACGAGCUGCACAAACAGCUUUCUCUUUUGGGCACCGAGGACCAACUUCUACAGCAAUGGGAGCUUAUGCAAAAUCAGGCCCAACUCUCGUCUCUGCCUUGCCUUGAUGCCAGUAUCUGUAACCGACGCCUAACUCAGUACUUAUAUCAUACGAGGAGUCGCCCAAUUAAUAGUGACAUGACUUACUGGAAGAAGUUCGUUUCUGAAUAUUACGCUCCUUGUGCUAAGCAGAGGUUGUGUUUUUCUACAUGCGUCAACGUUAGCCAACAAGCUCUAAAUCUUUUCACCGAUACAGCCUUGGAAUCUUGGUGCUGUAGUAUUUGUGCUUCAAAAUCAUCCAAAGGAUUCGAAGUAAUAUAUGAAACUCUCCCGAGGCUUUUCAAAACCAAAUAUGAGAGCACCAUGCUGGACGAGAUCUUAUUCCUGGGAUUGCCUCGAGAGCAUAGAUUUCCUUCUGGGCUAAUAAUGUUGGAGUAUGACAAAGUGGUUCAGGAGAGUAUCUAUGAAGAUUUUCGCAUUGUUCAUGAAGGUAUACUUCGUGUAAUCUUCAGACCCGACUUGAAGAUAUUUUCUUGGGAAUUCUGUGUACAACGCCAUGAAGAGCUUUUGAAGUAUCGAUCCGUUGCUAGACAGGUUGACCACUUUGUCGAGGCGGCUCAAAAAUACAGAAGUACUAUCACUAACUUAGCCGGGACUUCUUUAAAGGACAUGCAAUCAUGUUGCAAUAUGUUUCUAACAGCAGAGCUCGAGCUUGCAAGGAAUGUGGAGCUGCCAUUGGUUAACGCCUUAGGAUUCUCCAAGAAACAUUUUAGGUGUUUACAGAUAGCUGAAAUCGUGGGUAGCAUGACAGAUUUAAUCACUAUCAGCCAUGAGCUUGGUGUUGGACCAAUUGAGAGCUUAAAGAACUAUCGUCGGUUGAAGGAAGUGAAAGAGCAAAGGACGAAUCACAGUGUUACCAGCACCGAUGAUGGCGGGCUGGCAGCUGAUAACAGUUACUCUCGACUGCUCAGGCAAGGCGCUCGUAGUUCAGUUGCAAGGACACAAGUGCUGCAACCGUCAUACUCUACAGCUAACUCCAGCCAGCUCGAGGUCACCGCCAAUGAGCGCAUGAAGUCGAUAGAACACACAGUUGAUAAGCUGCUUUCAGCAAAGGAAGCUACCCUUAGAGCAAACAGUUUGGGAAAUGCCAUCAGCGAAGUCGGUGGAACAGCAAUCAGUGGCGCCUGGCCUCAGAUAAGCGACACCAUCACACUAGCUGACGCUAUGAAUUUCGGUGAGAAUGCAGCCGCGCUGGCCGUCGCGCAAGCAAACCUAAACCUAAUGGCCAACGCGCAACCAAGUGGCCCCGAAAUGUGCAAGGCUGCCUUCAACAGCUCUUCGUCGAAAGUAAAGAUGUCUGUCAAGGUCGAGCCAAGGUUUCAGGAGCAGGUUUGAAGGACAACCGGGGUUACUCUAAAUGCUCAUCAUAUCAUUUCUAUUGCCAGAAUGACAGAGACAACAUUACCUAGUACUGUUUUUAUGUCACCUAAAGCUAAAUGUUCUUCAUAGUUUUCAUCAAAGGUAUGUCAGAUUCAGAAACAACUAUUUUGAGAAUCAAAACUAGCGAACAGUGAGGUAAUCCAACUAAGUUGGUCAUGCUGUUAACUUAUAAUUACAAUGUUACAAGUUUCAACUCCUGUGACCUAUUUUGAUUUGAACUGGUCAGCUAUGAA